AUGUUCGGAGUCAUCGUCAUUACUCACGACAACUCCGACUCACUGGCGAAACAGCAAUCAUCUUCUGACUCUCUUACCCCCGCAGCGCAGGCUUUACCCGGUGCUCCGCAUCAUGACAAUUCACACAACCUCUCCACCGGUGGAUGCUGGCCGCUGGAUGGUUUGAUGCAGAAGGAAACGGCUGGGGUGGGAGUGUUCCCCAAGGUGUUGGCAACUUCCUGUCCGCCGAAUACGUCCUUUUCUCCAUCGGGUCGCCCGGUGACUAGUGGGAUGACCACGAUGCUGCAAGCCCCGGGCGAGCUGCGACGGAGGAUAAGCGGUGCCGGCAAUGUCCACGAGUUCUCUGGCCCCCUCCCCAUGUCGGGUCUUGUUGAUGCCAUACCGUAA